GACACAUAGAGAGAGAGAGAGAGAGAGAGAAAGAGUGAGUGAGUGAGUGAGUGUGUGUGUGUGUGUGUGUGUGUGUGUUUGUGUGUGUGAAGGUAAGAGAAAAAUGCCAAGGCCCCAUCGAAAAUUUAUUGAUAUUUUGGAAAAAUCAAUGGUUGUUGCUGACACUAUGGAUCGUGAAGACCUGAUGUUCACUUACAAGGGGAUUCCCUAUCCCACUACCCUUUGCUCUUAUGAAGUAUUCAAAGCUAUGGAGUCCUUUGAAGCCAGAAGUGAUGACAUGAUUCUUGCAGGGUUCCCUAAAUCAGGUACAAAUUGGUUUGGCCAUAUCCUACUUGAAUUAAUAACAACAUUUGAAAAGAAGACUGAAGUGAAACCAACUAUCUAUGGGGAAGAAUUUGAUGAAUUUCCCUACCUUGAAAUUGGAGAUACUGAAAAAUACCAGCGGAUGAAGAAAAUUCCUUUUAGAAGAGUUAUACGUACUCACCUCAUGUCUCAGAAUUUACCUAAGUCUGUCUUCACGAAUAAAGCCAAGAUACUGCUGCUGCUUCGAAAUCCAAAAGAUUUAGCCACAUCUUUUUUCAAGUUUUCCAAAGUGAUGGCUCCAUUUCCAACUUACGAGAGCUGGGAUGAGUUCUUCAAAGACUUCAUGAUUGGAAACAUACCUUGGGGUUCUUAUUUUACCUACCUUUCUGAAUGGAACAAACAUGCUGAUGAUGAACAUGUUAUGCCAAUAACAUUUGAAGAGGUGAAAGAGAACCCACUUUUGGGAGUGAAAAAAAUAGCAAAGUUCUUUGAAUUGCCUCUGAAUGAAGAAGAGCUUAAGGAGGUUGCAGAGAGGAGCAGCUUCCAGGCUAUGAAAAAUAACUCCAAGGAAACUCAUGGGGUGUUUGGCAAUGUCCUCUUUCGCAAAGGUGGUGUGAGUGACUGGAAGAGCCUCUUCAGUGAAGAGCAGAACCAGGAAAUGGACAAAAUAUUUGAAGAACGCUUAGCACAAACCAAACUUGGUGCAAAGAUAAAGUACAAUGUUUGGUGUAAAGUGUGAGAAGUAAAAGAGGACUGGUGAAGCAAGAGCUUCCUACUGUCCUCUCAGAUCAAUUGCAUCAUAUACUUGAGAAAAAUAAAAUGAUGCAAAAGUUUCUGAAUUUAUAAUGAUUGCAAUUUUCAGCAACAGACCUUCAUAUAUGAUUUUCACUUUAAGUCGAGACAUCUGGCACAUUUAGACUUCAUCCUUUCACCGAGUGUUAUAAGCUAUCAUAUCCAGAUAAACACAACAAUACUGCUUUAGUAGCUAUCACUUGGAAGAAACUGUCAUCUUGCCCUACCUCUCUAAAUGUUAUCAGUCUUUUGGAUUGUGUAAGAGCAUUUAGUAUAAAGAUAUUUUAACCCCAAAUGUUUCAAGCUGGACUUCUUCACAAAACUUAAAUCAAACUUAUUUUAUGAUCCACCUCUUUGAGCACAUCAAUGAAAUUAUUUCCAUAGAUCUUAGCAGAAGUUGUAUCAAAAUAUAAUAUGCAUUGCUCAAACAGAGGAAUAGAGAGUAGUUACUAAAACAGAGCACAAUAUUCUCUUAAGGCUCUUUAUCCUGCUGAAAACAGAAUCUUCUUCUGAACCUUUCUGGUUUUGGGGUUUUCUUGCGAUUUUACAGCCAGAUUUUCUAGAGACAGAACUCUUAAGUGAGUAAAACUCAACUGAAGUCAGAGAAAUUACACUCACAAAGAAUCUGGCUUAUAAUCAUGAAAGACAUAACCUUGAUUUUCCUAUUUUUCCUGGUCUAAAUUAGCAAUAGAUAUACUGAUAUCAAGUGAGUUAAACCAGUGUAAAAAUUAUGCGAAUUAGAUCAGAAUCAGGCCUAGUUCUCUUUUCUUUGUAUGUCAUUCUUAGUUAUUCUUUUUGUUAUUCUUCUAGCUAUAAUACAAUUAAACUACUCUCUUGUAACAUCUUCCACCUGGUUUCAGGGAUGCUGCACGAUUUUGCAUGCCUAUUUGAGGUCAAGCCUUGGUUGUUACAAUGAAUAUGAAUAAAACCAGUGCAUGAGUCAAGCAA